CGCAAUGAGGCUGCAACCUACCCCCAUCCUGCCCAUUUUGGCAACACUUUCCGCUCGGUGCUGCUCACCUUUGUGUCACUGGCCUGUGUGGCCGGCAUCGUCAUUGCUGCUGUUGUGGUCUUCUGUCUGCGCCAGCAUGCCAAGCAGCGGGAGAAAGAGCGGUUGGCAGGGCUGGGGCCAGAGGGAGCGACCGACAGCACCUAUGAAUACCAGGAGCUCUGCCGACAGCACAUGGCUACCAAGUCCCUCUUUGGCCGUGCAGAAACCCCUCCACCCCCUGCUCCUGCCGAAAAUUCUCGCGUCAGCAGUGUCUCCUCACAAUUCAGCGAUGCACCCCAGGCCAGUCCCAGCUCCCACAGCAGCACACCAUCUUGGUGUGAAGAGCCUGUGCAGUCCAACAUGGAUAUCUCCACUGGGCACAUGAUUCUGGCAUAUAUGGAGGACCAUCUACGUAAUCGUGAUAGGCUGGCUAAAGAGUGGCAAGCACUGUGUGCAUACCAAGCAGAACCAAACACUUGUGAUGCUGCCCAGCGUGAAGCCAAUGUCAAGAAGAACCGCAACCCAGAUUAUGUGCCCUAUGAUCACACACGCAUCAAGUUGAAAAUGGAAUGCAACCCAUCGCGGAGUGACUUCAUUAAUGCCAGCCCCAUUAUUGACCAUGAUCCACGGAUGCCAGCAUACAUUGCAACGCAAGGUCCAUUGUCCCACACCAUUGCUGAUUUUUGGCAGAUGGUAUGGGAAAAUGGUUGCACGGUCAUUGUCAUGCUCACCCCACUCGUGGAAGAUGGCGUCAAGCAAUGUGACCGCUAUUGGCCCGAUGAGGGAUCCUCACUUUACCACAUCUAUGAGGUGAACCUUGUCUCAGAGCACAUCUGGUGCGAGGAUUUCCUGGUGCGCAGUUUCUACUUGAAGAAUGUGCAGUCACAGGAGACACGGACUCUAACGCAAUUUCACUUCCUGAGCUGGCCAGCAGAGGGCAUCCCUACCACCACUAGGCCUCUUCUUGACUUCCGCAGGAAGGUGAACAAAUGCUACCGGGGACGCUCAUGUCCAAUCGUCGUGCACUGCAGUGAUGGCGCAGGAAGGACUGGAACAUACAUUCUUAUUGACAUGGUUUUAAACCGAAUGGCAAAAGGUGUGAAGGAGAUAGAUAUUGCAGCCACUUUGGAGCACGUGAGGGACCAGAGACCAGGUGUGGUACAGACUAAGGACCAGUUUGAAUUUGCACUGACAGCCGUGGCAGAGGAAGUGAAUGCCAUCCUGAAGGCUCUGCCCCAAUGAAGCCUCUAUUCAGCAUAGCCCAACUUGGUGAUUCCCCAACCUGACUCUUUGCCUCUGCUGUUGCCGUGUUCUUGCCUGGGGUGUUUUCCCUUUACCAUGUGUCAUCUCCAUGUGGUUCACCAUGGCUGCAUUUAAUUGCCCUGUGGAAAUGUUGGCCCCUUGCCUACCUGCCCAAUUGGGUCUCAUCCAUCCAACAUUUUAUAACCCUCCUCAUGCUGCUAAGGCCUAUUCCACCCUGGUCUCUCUGGAAGCAGCCCUUGGUGGAUAGAAGAGUUGGGUCCCCUUUCUAGACAGCCAGGUCACCUCUAGUAUGAGAGGAUGUGCCAUGGAGCAAUACAGGGGCUGCAGUCCAAAGGAGAGUUAGCCCCUCCUUGUGAGAUGCAUUAAAGACCAGUUUUCUGAAGUGCCUACUUUAUGUUUACGGGCAUUGGUCAAAGCAAGUAGAUUUGCAAUGGGAGGGCUGUGGGCCCAUUUCUAUUUUCUAUUCAGUGUCCUGCUUAGCCCUAAUGCCCACAUGAAUGAGUAGAAAUGGUAAUGCCUUAGCAGAAGCUAGGUUACGUCUAUUGCCAGUUUUCAUCCUUCUUCCAUUCUUCUCUCUCUAAAUUUUACCGCCUGAUCCUGUGCCCACAGCAGGAGAAGAACCUAACACUGCUUCUGCGCUCAUUGUUGUCCCAUUGUUGUCGUCCUUCUCCGUUUCCUGCAGGCCUGGAGCCAAGCCUAGUCACGGCCAUUUGCUCCCUUCCCUAAAUGGAGGAAGGGAACAUCAAGGGAGAUGGCCCACAGCUGCUAAUUGCUGUGUUGUCUCCCUACUUUCUCCUGGGUGUUACUUAUCACAAAGAGACAUUUCUAGAGAAUCUAAUUUUGUAUUUGAUGUGAAUAAAGGUUUUGUGUCGCGUUUGUGCAGCUGCA